CUUUGUUUCACCUUAAACCCUACGGCCUACACCUUUCUACUAAACCAAAACUAAGCAUUCUCUUAAACCCUACAACUUCCUGCGCAAGACAAGAUCAACUCCUCUUCAAUGGCAGAUUCAGCUAACGAAGAACAAAAGCACCGUCAAUACCACCCCUACCAGCAAUUCCAAAUACCCAUCGAAAACCUCUACAAUCUCCCAACUUCCCCCGAAUACCUCUUCCCCGAAGAGUCCCUAAAUGCUCGCCGAUCCUGGGGCGAGAAUCUCCAAUACUACACCGGUUGCGGCUACUUAUCCGGCGCCCUUGUGGGCGCCAUCAAAGGCUCCGUUCACGGCUUGCGCCAAUCCGAGCCCUCUGACUCGCUCAAGCUCCGGGUCAAUCGUGUUCUUAACUCGGGCGGGCAAGUGGGUCGGCGGUUCGGGAACUCGCUGGGUGUUCUUGGGUUGAUUUUCGCUGGAUUGGAAAGUGGGUUGGUGAGUUUGAGAGAUAAAGAUGAUUUGUUGAACACUGUUGUGGCUGGGCUUGGUACUGGGGCCAUUUAUCGGGCUGCGGGUGGGGUCCGUUCAGCGGCGAUCGCGGGGGCCAUUGGUGGCGUCACGGCGGCGGCUGCAGUGGCUGGGAAGCAGGCUGUUAAGAGAUAUGUGCCCAUAUAAACAGAAUCGGUCAUUCGGGGGUUUUAGGAGAGUUUAGGUUUGAUGGGUGAUUUUGUAAUGAAAUUUGUCGACUUGGUUUUUAAUCGAAAAAUCUUGUAUCUGUAAUUUUGAUUUCAAUGAAUUGCUAAAUUAUUAACCAGAUAGUGGCUAUGUUAAUUAUUUAUAUGUUGUUUGUAAAACUUGCUUGAUUACA